GUUAUUACUCUUCCAUGGCUGGCGAUCAGCGCCAGAGAAUAUGGUCCGAAGAAGAGGAAAUGAAGGUCGGUGACGGUGAAGUCUCUCUUUAAAUCUCGGUGGUAGAGAAUUCGAGUCUUGCGCAAUACAUACCACCUGCUCGAUAAAAUUACUCAAAGAAGAUGGGUUUCUCGUUGAGAUCAAAAUGGUGUGGAUUUUUAACAGAAAUUAUGAAUGCCCAGAAACGGCAAAGCAUUCUGGUCUCUCUCUAUGGCACAUUGCCGGAUUACCCAACGCCGACUGUGUUGGAGGGACUGUGUCAAGUUGUGUCGAGCACCGUCGGUGGUCUAGAUGACUUGGAAUCGAGUCUCAAACGAUUCAGAGUUUCUUUGUCAUCACCGCUUGUUACUCAAGUGGUGGACUCUUGCAAACAUGGAGCAUCCACUAGGAGAUUGCUAAGAUUUUUCUUGUGGUCGCAUAAGAAUUUGAAUUCCAGUUUGGAGGACACGGAUUUUAACCACGCGAUCAGGGUGAUGGCUGAAAAGAAGGAUUACACAGCAAUGGAGAUAUUGGUUUCGGAUCUUAAGAAGGAUGGCCGGGUAAUGGAGAGCCAGACGUUUAGUCUCGUAGCUGAGGCACUUGUUAAGUUAGGGAGAGAAGAUGAGGCAUUGGGUAUUUUCAAGAACUUGGAUAAGUUUAAAUGCCAGCAAGAUGGUUUUAUUGUGACUGCUAUUGUUAAUGCUCUUUGUGCCAAAGGACAUGCCAAGAAAGCAGAAGGUGUUGUGUAUCACCAUAAAGAUAAAAUUUCUGGCAUGGAAUCUUGUAUAUACAGGAGUCUCCUUCAUGGAUGGUCUGUGCAGGGGAAAGUUAAGGAAGCUCGGAAAGUGAUCAAAGAAAUGAAAUCAGCAGGUAUUAUGCCAGACUUGUUUUGCUACAAUAUAUUUCUUAGGUGUCUUUGUGAGAAAAACCUUAAACGUAAUCCUUCUGGUCUUGUUCCUGAUGCUUUGAAUGUGAUGAUGGAAAUGAGGUCUUAUAGGAUUGCCCCAACUUCCAUCAGUUACAAUAUAUUGCUUUCCAAUUUGGGGAGGACACGGAGGGUAAAGGAAUCAUGCCGGGUUCUGGAGUUGAUGAAAAAUUCUGGUUGUAGUCCAGACUGGGUUAGCUAUUACCUUGUUGUAAGAGUAUUGUACUUGACUGGGAGAUUUGGGAAAGGGAAUAAGAUAGUGAAUCAGAUGAUUGAAGAGGGGCUGACACCAGAUCAUAAGUUCUAUUAUGAUUUGAUUGGCAUACUUUGUGGAGCAGAGAGAGUUAAUUUUGCACUGGAGUUGUUCCAGCUGAUGAAGAGAAGCUCAUUGGGUGGUUAUGGGCCAGCUUAUGAUGUUCUCAUACCAAAACUUUGUAGGGGAGGGAAUUUUAUAAAGGGUAGAGAGCUCUGGGAUGAGGCUGUGGCUAUGGGUGUUACCCUUCACUGCUCUGGUGAUUUGUUGGACCCCUCAAUUACUGGGGUUUUCAAGCCAAAAAGGAAAGUGGAGGAAGACAAUAUGGUAAGCUGUACUUCAUCCAAGAGUUCAUUAAAUGUUAAGAAGUGUGCAGAAAAGGUAAAGAAAGAACCGAAAAAAACUUUGAAAAAGAAGAAAUCUACCUCCAAAUAAUUGGUAUUUCAUGUCUUUCACAUUGCAGCUCACUAGCCUGGCAGCAUCAUUUUGACCCUUCCUCUUAUUUUAGCUGUAUUCAUCAAAUAUGUAGCUGGUGGAUUGUCUCCAUCUUUAAUGAUCCUGCUCAUCUAUCUCUCCCUUUGUUAGUGCUCCUAGGCUAUUUAUUGUUUU